AUGGAAAAGAACAUCUGCUAUCGGCAACGAAGGAGAAAAGAAGUCGUCUACGACGAUUGCGUACUCGAGGACUCCCUGUCCCAAGGUGACUGGCACAUCGAGGAGGACCCAAACGUGGACUACGAGAUGCUGCUCAGAGGAUUACGAGCCUGUGCUGAACGUGCCUCGAAGUCGCGCACGACAAACUUGGAUCGAAUUUCGAAGACCACCAAGGAAUUGUUAGGAAGAAGAAGGGCUUUGAGGCGUGAUCCGAAUGCAUCGCACAUUGAGCGGUUAGUAGCAAACACUAGCUGCAGAAAAGCGUUGCAGGAGGAUCUUUUGAAGUACAGGCAGAAGAAGAUUCUAGAAGCAGCACAAAGAAGAACGAGUCUAAAGAAGUGCCGCAGGGAUCUCCGCGAAUAUAAUAUUCCGCUAGCAACCUUGCUGAGCGAAGACGGGACUCGCACGUCUUCUCGUCGUGAGAUGGAAAUCAUUACGGAGAGGUUCUACUCGAACCUUUUCCGUUCAUCAACUCCUGUGACAAGCCUAAUCAUCUCCACUGGCGAAGCUCCACCACGGAUUCUCCCGUCGGAAGUACGAGUCGCUAUCAAGAGCAUGAAACCUGGCACAGCCCCCGGAUCUGAUUUUAUAUCAGCAGACUUUCUUCGGGCUGGUGGCCAUCCGCUUCAUGUAAUCUUAGCAGCGCACAUGACAUCCUAUCUUCAGAAAGAAAGGAUCCCAGACCAGUGGAAGACCUCGCGAACCGUUCUUAUCCAUAAGAAAGGUGACCGAGAGGACCUUCGGAACUAG